UAUAUAUAUAUACGUACAAAUUCAAUUCAACCCAAUUACACACAAAUUAGGGUUUCAGAUUAAUCUCCUCCUCUACUCUACGCUGAAAUCAGGGAGAAGCUAUGGGCGGAGGCAAUGGUCAGAAAGCUAAAAUGGCUCGUGAGAAGAACCUGGAGAAGAUGAAAGCUGCCUCUAAAGGAAGUCAGCUUGAAGCCAACAAGAAAGCUAUGAGUAUCCAGUGCAAGGUCUGCAUGCAGACAUUCAUUUGCACAACAUCGGAGGUAAAGUGCAGGGAACAUGCUGAAGCGAAACACCCUAAAGCUGAUGUUUAUGCAUGCUUUCCUCAUCUUAAGAAAUGAUGUGAAGAUGGGAACUUGCAGAGGGGGAUGGGUUUGAACAUUUGUUUCUAUUCUAUAUCCAUGUGACUUGUUGGAAGCUUUUCUAGUGUUGUGUUACUGGGAAUGUAGAGACUGGGAGGUAGGUUACUUUUAAAUUGUGUGGAAUGUUUAUAUAAUAUAUCAAUAUAGCCUCCCCUUUAACACGAUGCUUGUUCUA